GGGUUUACCUGCUCGCUUUGUAUUUCGCGUAGUAACGUAUCGUUGAGAAGAAGCGAUUCGUAAAAAAAAUAAAAUAAUACUAAUAAUUCGUGUUUUUCGGUGGUCUAAUUCUUGUGGAAAAAAAAAAGAAGAACAAAAAAGAAAGAAAAUGAAAGGAAAAUCAUUCUUCGCCGUAUUCGUUGUUCUUGUUUCGAUGAAGAAUGUUAAUGCCGGGCCUCCAGAUUGGAUUCCUGCAGAAUUGUUAGAUAUGGUUGCCGGAGAUAAAAGUCGUUGCAUGGAGGAACAUGGAACGACGCAAGCUCUGAUCGAUCAAGUGAACGAAGGAAAUCUGGUAAACGAUCGAUCACUAUCCUGCUACAUGUUCUGCCUGUUAGAUGCUUUCAGUCUGGUGGACGAUGAAGGUAAUUUAGAAGCGGAAAUGUUGCUGGGAUUCUUGCCGGAAAAUUUAGUGGAAAAGGGCACUGAAAUUCUCAAUGCCUGUGCCAAACAGGAUGGAGCGGAUGGUUGCGAAAGGGUAUUCAACGUUGCAAAAUGCGUUCAACAAAAAGUUCCUGAGUUAUGGUUCAUGGUUUAAAAAAUGAAAAAGGCUAUAAAACGAGAGGAUGGCAAGGGGGAAUAACCUUCUGAAACUACUUAACGAUUAUCAUAAAUAUUAUUUCUUUUUGUUCCAAUCGAAAUGAGAGAAAAAAUGAAAAUCAUGAUUCAAAUAAAAGAAGCUCGUCGAUAAUUUUAAAUUAACAAAUGAUUAACUCUUCAUAUGUAUACAUGAUCGAUAGUGUAACAGUAGAGAUAUUUGAAAAAUAAAAUAACAAAAAAAAAAAAUUAAAAAAAUUACAAAUUAAAAUAAAAUAAAAAAACAUUAGAAAAAAGUAAAAAUAAAAAAAAACAAUAAAAUAGAAUUUCUACCAUUCUACGGAAACAAAUCAUUUGUUCAAUUAAAAUUUCCUUUAAUAAUAAUAAUAGUUAUUAUUAUUAUUAUUAUUAUCAUUCCUAUUUCUAUCUUUAUUUAUCUAUCUCCAUUUCUAAUUUAUUAUUUCAAGGGAUUAUGAGUUUUGUGAAAUUUGUUCAACAAUAUCAUUUUUUUAAAUUAUUAUUAUUAUUGUUGUUUAUACUUUUUUAAUUUACUAUACAUGUACAUGUCAUUGGCGGAAACGAAGAAUUUAUCGAGAGGGACGAUCAUUUGCGAGAAAACGAAUGGUUACGCGGAUAUCAUUUAUCUAAUCCUUGUAGAAUUUUCCAUCGAGUGUAAUUAGACAAGAAAAUACGUAGUAUAGUGCAUAACCAGUAUAAUACCUCUAAUCUUCUUACUAAUACAAAACUACGACUAGUUCGUAAAAUUAGCUCUAUUGGUAUUAUUUUUACGAAAUGAAAAAAUGAAAAAAGAAGUAAAAAAAAUUUAUCAAUUGUGAAAAUUGAUUAUUAAUAUGCCACAACUUUUUAUAAAACAAAAUAAAAAAAAUAAAAAAUUAGCAUCAUUUCUUUGA